AUGGCCGUGUUGGUAGAUAUGAUCCACGGCCGCUGUCCCACGUGCACGGCCGCCUUUCUGCAGCGGAAGUCGGACUCGCGGCUCUUUCUGCUCUGUGGGGACUCCCUCGGGGGGUACGAGGCGCUCCUGAGUCCCCGCAGCCAAGUUCACGUCCUGGACUGCAGCUCCACCGCGGAGUGCCUGUACAGAUUCAAACAGACCCUGGACCAGCUGGACCUGAGCGCCAUCAGGGUCUACACAAGUCCUCGAGGUCGAGAGGUGCUGCUUCAGUACCAGGAGCUGCUUUUUACCUCCGUUUACAGCUUCGACUACACAGAGGAGCAGCUCACCUGUCAGCGCUGCAGAGGCUCCGCCCACACCGACUCACCUGCUCUGCACGCGCAGGAGGACGUGUCCAGGUUUCUGCAGCAGCUGCCUGCCUCAAUGGGACAAAUCAGUAUUCUGAAGUCUCCACUGAUUCCAGAGUGUUUCGGUCACGGUUUCAGCACUCGUUCUGGUGGCGUGUCCUACAUCCCAACGCUGUCCUCGUUAAAUCUGUUCAGCAGCAGCAAGAGGAGGGACCCUGUGGCCGUGGUGUCCGAGAACAGACGACGACUGGCCCUUCAUGCCGGCUUCCACCCUCUGCCUCUACGUUUUGUCAAAGUGGACCACGCCAGUGACGUCUGGGUUUUGGGGCAAGCUGAGCCUGAAAGCUACGACUCCAUGGUGACGGAUCAGAGCGGGGUGGUUUUAACGGCUCCAGGUGCAGACUGCAUGCCCAUCCUGUUUGCUGACCCGGUGAAGAAGGUCAUAGGAGCCGCUCACGCAGGUUGGAGGGGGACAUUAAUGGGGGUGACCAGGAGGACGGUGGACGCGAUGGUUGCACAUUUCGAUUGCCAAGUGAGCAACAUCGUGGUGGUGGUGGGACCAUCAGUGGGGGUGUGCUGCUUCACGCUGGACAGAGAGCAGGCGCUGGACUUCAUCAGGGUCCAUCCAGACUGUGUCCCUGAUCCAGAGUCAGCCAAACCACACGUCGACAUCCGCCUCGCCAACAGAGUUCUCCUUCAGGAAGGUGGUGUUCUGCCAGAGAACAUCCAUGAUAAUUUGGUGGUGGAGCGUCCCAUUGUGACACCCUGCACCUCGUGUCUUCCUGAAGACUUCUUCUCCCACGUCAGGGAUGGACUCAACUUCGGCACCCAGGUGGGCUUCCUGUGGAUCAAAGAGACAGCAUCUACAGCCACGUAGACAUGGGCCGACACCUUUUUAAAUCCUGGAGAUCUCCACCAGAACUUCACUCUAAGAACACCAGCAGACAGAGGCCAGGAAC